AUGAAGCCGCGAGACUACUGCUGUUGCGCCAUCCCGGUGAUGAAUGCUGGCAUUUAUGUGGCGAUUGCCGAGCAAUUCGUUCUCGGUCUCCUAGUCGCAAUCCUUGCGCUUGCAACUCCUUCAAUUGUCGGUGCCUCAGUACCGUCAUUCGCAAAGAUAAUACUUGCGAUUAUAUGCUUCGCUGCAUGCGGUGUACAAGUCUUUGGCUUCAUUGGUGAAAAGGCAGUCAUGUUCCGCCGAUACACAACUCUUCAUAUCAUGCUCACUGUCGCUGCGUUCGCCGUUGCUCUCACCUGGAUUAUCAUAUCCGCGUCAAAGCAUAAUACAGCAGUCAAUGACUGCGAAAAGGACUUCUUCCCAAACGCAACGCAAACAACGGAUUCCACAGACCUGAACGAGGGCGAGACCCUAUGUAACAUCUUCACAUGGGUGGACGUAGGACUCAUGGGAGGCCUCUGGGUCAUUCUCGCUAUUAUGCAGUUCUAUUUAUACACUGUCAUUUCCUCGUACGGUACAGGUCAGCGGCGCGAUCACGAGAAAUAUAGAUCUCUUUACUCUGUCAAUGGCGUCGAGAGCGGUGCUAUCCCACUUACGAACCGCUCAGACCCGUGGGAUGCGCGACCGUCGUUUGACGACGACGAGCGCGAUGGCGCCGGCGCCCGUGUACCGCUUGCGCGUGAUGUAGGUCGUGGAGGACAUGGAAGGCAAGACAGCUCGGCGAGCGUGUCGACGAUACUAGCCGAGAAACGACAAGAAGAGGCUCCCUCGAUUUACUCCGAUCAUGCGGGAGUAGGAGCGGGUAGUGGCGGAUAUCCGCCACAACGCCAAGGAACUUACGCUAGCACACGCCAAGGGUCUGUCAAUCGUAAUGCUCCGUAUGGCGGUGGAGGCUUCUCGUACCCGUCAAAUGCAUAUACUCAAGAUCCGCAACCCACACCGCAGGCGUUCACCGGUGUCGGUUCUUCUGGAUAUGGUGGGUAUGGACAUGGAUAUGGGAAUAAUAAUAAUGUGGAAAGGCCAGGGCCGACACAAGCACACCCUGGUACGUCGGAUUGA